AUGGUGAAAAAAAAAAAAAAGAAAAACAACGGAUCUGAGAUCUUGAAAUCUGAUCUAAGUGCCUCAAAUUCUUAUGCGAAAUCAUUUGAGAUCUUGAAGACUGAUCGAAUUGCCACAAAUUCUUGUGCGAAAUCAUCUGAGAUUUUGAAGAUUGAUCGAAUUGCCUCAAAUUCUUGCGCGAAAUCAUCUGAGGCUGGAGAUGAUGAAGGAUUAAACCAUGAGGUCAUGGGAUCUACUGGACCAAAGGGAGAGAAGAAGAAGUUGUUGAUGACAGACAUCCUCAACUCUGGCAAGUUCGUGGUUAAUUCUCUUCAACCUCAGAAAUCUCCUGAGGUUUGUGGAUUACAAUCGAGGCAGCUCUGUAAGUCUUUGAACUCUGUAACUGGUGAAUGUAGCUCUUCUCGAUUUUCUUGGGCAGAUGAUCAAGAAUUAGACAUCUCUUUGAAGAUUUUCUCAAAUAAUGAUAAAACUUCUAUGAAAUUGGAUUCCUUGACGAAUCUAGAUAAAAUAUCUGUGAAUCUUGAUAGGAUAAAUUCUGAUCCAACAACAGAUUUCUUGAAUGGGGAAAAUUUCUCUCCUCUUGAGAAAACAACUAAAACACCAAUUCCUGAUCCUGUUAUGGCAAAGAAAAGUUGGACUAGUUUAUUCGCUGAGAAUAGAAAGCCUGGAAAUGGUUUUAGUUUGAAUUAUGUGCCUCCUGAUAUUAAUGACACAGUCACUUUUGAUGAAGAAGAAUGGAAUGAAGGGGAAUCUUUUUGGAAGUUUUCCCUAAUUGGGCAAAUUUUGGGAUUAAAUGCUAAGUUCAAAGCAAUGGAGAAUUAUGUGCAGAAGAUAUGGGGGAAUUUGGCUGUGCCUGAAACUUUUCUAUUAAAACCUGGUCUGUUUUUAUUCAAAUUCAAGAACAUAGAAGAUAUGAGGAAAAUUUUGGAGAAUGGACAUUGGUUCUUUGGUUCCAGGCCUAUUCUUUUGAAGCCAUGGACAAUUGAUGAAGAACUGGAAAAGAGAACUGAAAGUGUUUACCCUAUCUGGAUACAAUUAACAGGCUUGAGGUUGAAUCUAUGGAAUAAAAAGAGCAUUAGCAAGAUUGCUAGCAUCAUAGGUAAGCCAAUUACCACUGAUAUGUUAACAGCAAAUAGGCAAAGACUUGCAUAUGCUAGAGUCUUAGUAGAAGUGAAUAUGCCCUCUAACCUUCUUGAUGUUAUAACAAUUAAAGGACCAGAUGGGAAAAGUUUUCAACAGAAGGUGUAUUAUGAGUUUAAGCCUAGAUGGUGUGAAAUAUGUAAAAAUGUGAGCCAUGACACUCUACAUUGCAAGAAACAGGCAAGAGUCCAGGAUGAUGGGAUUCAGACUAAUGUCAUACUUGGUCAGGAGCCUAUACAAAAUCAGCCUGUGUUGCUGAAUUCUCAAACCCCUAUGCAUACUGAAACUAAACAGGUUAGUAGAAAUGGUGUUGGAAUGAAUAAUGGUCACUUUUCAAAUAUGGUGAAUCCUAUGCAAGCUGAGCAAGAAAAUCAAACAAGGAAAAGUGAAAAUUUGAACACAGGAAAGGUUACAGCAGGAGAUCUGGUGCAUAUUGUGCAUGUCUCACAAUCUGAUACUGAUACUCAAACACAUUCUGGAAAUCUUGUGCAUGUCAUGCAUGUCUUACAAUCUGAAGCUGAUACUCAAACACAUUCUGAGAAACCUUGGAUGUUAAUGCGAAGGGAAACAAAAAUAAAGGAGGCUAAAAUCUCAGCAAUAGCAAAAAAGAUUGCCCCUAAUUGGAAAUGGAUUUCAAAUGUAUCAAGCACAGAAAAGCUGAUUUCAUUUCUUCUAGAAAAGGCAAGGAUUAUAAUUUUAUGGGAUUCUGAUAUGUUGAAUGUUCAAGCUGAUUUCAUUUCUUCACAGCACAUUACCUGCACUGUCAACUCUAAGGAUGGGAGGAUAAAUUGUAUUUUUUCUUCUGUCUAUGGUCAUAACCAUCAAGAUUCAAGAAAGUUUUUAUGGAAUGAGCUGCUCCAAGUGCAUCAAAUCACUGGAAAUACACAUUGGCUUGUUUGUGGGGAUUUCAACACUAUGAUCAAUAAUGAUGAAAAAUUAGGAGGAAUUGCUCUUACAGAUGCAGAUACAAGGGGUUUCAAUUCUUUCAUUGAGGACAACCAUUUAUUGCACCUCAAAACAGAGGGUUGUUUCUUUACCUGGAACAACAAGCAAGAUCAGGACUCUAGGGUAUGGUGCAGAUUGGAUAGGGCUCUUGUAAAUGACUCUUGGAUACAAAAUUAUAACUCUAGCCAUGUUGAAUUCUUGCUUCCUAACUUCUCAGAUCAUUCACCUGCAUUAGUUUCAAUAUAUAAGGAGGAAAAACAAGGAAAGAAGCCUUUCAAGUUUUUUAACAUGUGGACUAAUCACAGCAACUACAUGUCCACAGUGUCUUCAAUAUGGCAAAGGCAGGUUGCAGGUUACAAAAUGUUUUCAAUUGUUACUAAACUCAAGCUACUGAGGGGAGCUCUAAAGGAAUUAAACAAGAAACACUAUGGAAAUAUCAGUGAACAAGCAGUAAGAGCCAAAUAUGCACUGGAGGAAAUUCAAAAAAAGCUGCAGGAGGACCCUCAAAAAGCAAAAAUUCACUGGAGCAUUAAAGGUGAUAGAUGUACAAGCUAUUUUCAUUCUAUUAUAAAAGCAAAUAGGCAUCAGAAUAGAAUACUGGUUCUUAAAAACAGUUUGGGUGAAAGGAUUACAGAGGGGGGGGAGAUUGCAAAUGAGCUUAUCUCUUACUUCAAGAACCUUUUGGGUACAGCAGAAACUGCUCUUCCUCCAGAUCUCAAGAUAAUCAAGAAAGGACCUUGUUUAAAUGAAAAUCAAGUUAGUAGUCUUUCUUUACCAGUUACAAAAGAUGAGAUAAAAAGGGCUGUUUUCUCUAUGGCAGACAAUAAGUCCCCAGGUCCAGAUGGAUAUGGAGCUUCUUUUUUUAAAUCAGCUUGGAGUACAAUAGGGGAUGAAGUAAUCCUUGCAGUUGAAGAAUUUUUCAGCACAGGGAAAAUGUUGGGUACCAUAAACUCCACAUCCAUUACUCUAAUCCCUAAGGUAUCAUGUCCAAACACUCCUGCAGAUUUCAGACCAAUCUCUUGUUGCAAUUUCCUAUAUAAAAUCAUCUCAAAAAUCCUUGCAAAUAGGAUUCAGUCAGUAAUGGGAUGUCUCAUUAGUGAAGCACAAAGUGCUUUUGUAAAAGGAAGGCACAUUACUAAUAACAUUCUGUUAGCUCAUGAAUUAGUUAAAAACUAUGGAAGGAAGCACAUCUCUCCUAGAAUCAUGGUUAACAUUGACAUUAGAAAAGCUUUUGACACUAUUAAUUGGAAUUUUAUAAAAGAGAUGCUUCAAGGCCUGGGCUUCCCAAAGGUUAUAGUAAGCAGAAUCAUGACUUGUAUAACUACUCCAAAGUAUUCACUAUCUCUCAAUGGCUCAUUACAUGGUUACUUUAAGGGUGAAAGAGGUCUAAGACAAGGAGAUCCCCUCUCUCCAUACUUGUUUAUUUUGGGAAUGGAGUAUCUUACAAGAAGUUUGAACCUUCUUGAGCAAGAUGGAAAUUUCAAAUUUCAUCCUAAAUGUGGAAGGCAAAAAAUAUCUCACCUUAUAUUUGCAGAUGAUUUGUUACUUUUUUGCAAAGGUGAUCUCAAUUCUGUUCAAAAAAUCCACCAGUGUAUCAACAGAUUUAGUCAGGUAUCAGGUCUUCAAGCAAAUCCCAAUAAAUGUGCUAUCUUCUAUGGGGGAGUAGAUGAUGCUAUAAAGGAAUCAAUCCAGAAUUACUUGGGAUACACUGAAGGAAAAAUGCCAAUAAGAUACCUAGGUGUUCCUCUUGUAUGCAAGAGAUUAAACUACCUGGAUUGCAACCCUCUCAUAAGCAAAAUCUCCAGUCAAUUACAAAACAGUUUGAAGAACAGAAAACUGUCAUAUGCUGGAAGAUUACAGGUGAUAAAAAGUGUAAUUCUGGGAAUUCAAAUUUACUGGACUUCUAGCUAUGUUCUACCAGUGAAAGUGCUACAAAAAGUGGAUAAACUUUGUAGGAAUUUCCUCUGGGGUAAGGGUGAUCUUACAUUCAAACAAUCACUGGUUUCUUGGGACAGAGUGUGCACAAGCAAAUUGUACGGUGGACUGGGAAUUUUCUCAAUAAAUGUGCUAUCUUCUAUGGGGGAGUAG